UGGUCACCGAGCUUUGAAUUAGAAUCAAAAACACGUUCCAAGUGAAGUUAAUGUUUUCGCAAUUUAAUUUAAUUUAAUUUAAUUUAAUUAAUCGUCUUCGUAUCUUUUUGUUUUUCAUCUCUUUUUAAAUUUGACUUGUGGCUGAAUAUGAUUAGAAAACGUCAAUUGGAAAAGGAAAAAAUUGUCCAGGAAGAUUUAGAAGAUUACAGUUCUUCUGAUGAAGAUGAAGACGAGGAAGAUGAGGAAGCAGAGAUUGAUGAGACUCCAGCCCAAAAGAGGUUAAGGUUAGCGAAAAAGUAUUUACAAGAAUUUUCCAACCAGGAUAAUGAGAAAAUCAUCAGAAUCCACAAGAAAGUAGCUGAUACUUUAACUGGACCCGAUUUAGAUAAUACUAAAGUCCUUAAAAAUGGCCACAAAUUAUCUGUUACCUGUCUGGUUGUUUCUUCCGAUGGUAAAUUCAUUUACUCUGCAAGCAAAGAUGGUUCCAUAGUUAAAUGGGAUUUCAUCAACUGUAAAAAGCUAAAAACUAUUCCCGGAGGUCGUAAAGGGGAUAAAGAUCAUGUUGGUCAUACGUGUGUGAUCAACGCUAUCGCCAUUUCUAGUGAUUCCAAAUUCCUAGCAACAGGAUGUAAAAAUGAAAUUAUAAACAUUUGGAAUACUAGUGAUAUGAAAUUCGUUCAUACAUUCAAAGGCCAUCGUGGGGAAGUUAACGGACUUGCCUUCCGUCGAGCGGCUCAUACUCUUUACAGUUGUUCAUCGGAUAAAACGGUCAAAGUUUGGAAUGUCGAUGAUCUUUGUUAUGUUGAAACUCUGUUUGGUCACCAAGACAAAGUCACAUCGAUCGAUUGUGGGUUAAAAGAAAAGCCAAUUACUUCUGGUGGAAUUGACCUUUCGCUUCGUAUUUGGAAGAUUGUUGAAGAAUCACAAUUAGUAUUUUAUGGACACAAAGGAUCAAUCGAUCAUGUCAAAUAUAUCGACGAAGAUCAUUUUAUAUCAGUUGGUGAUGAUGGAAUCAUCAGUCUCUAUGGAAACGUGAAAAAAAAUGCAAUCUUUACGAGUAAAUUAGCUCAUGGGGAAGAAAGUUCUACAGCUAAUUGGAUUGUUUCGUUAGCUACUGCAGUGAAUACUGACCUUUUCGCCACAGCUCAUUUAUCUGAAUCAUCAGGAUCCAAAGAUGGACACAUCAGAGUUUGGCAAUGUGCUCCUGGUUUUACCAAAUUUGAACUUAUAUUCACCAUUCCUGUGGUUGGUGUUGUUAAUUGCUUACAAUUCGUCAAUGAUGGCGAUUAUCUCGUCGCUGGCAUUGGAAGAGAGCAUAGACUGGGUCGUUGGUGGAAUUUAAAAGAAGCUAAAAACUCAAUAAUGAUUAUUCCAAUGUUGAAAUUAAGUAAUCAUCAACUAUAACUUAUUCUUUAUUGAUUAAAAUUGUUAAAUUAAUUUUGA